AAAGGGAUUUUAAGACAACGCACAAAAAGAAACUUUGUCAUAAUUUGUGAAAUAUGUAUCCGUGUUGAUAUAUGGGAGAUAUGGCAUUAGCUCGAAUCUCAUAGAUCUUCUCACUGGGAGCUUUUUGGUCUGAUACCAAAAAUAUUUGAUAACUGAUUAAAAACCUCACAUUAUAAGUAGCCAUUAAUAGCAUUUUCUCUCGCUUUCCUGCGACAUCAAAAACACGUUAAGCUAUGUUGGUAUUUUUGCUCUAUGCAUGGAUCUUGGUCUGCCUAAUUUUGAGCAGCGAGGCACAACAAGAUCGGAAUCAAAUCAUUCUUGAAAAUGGAGCAUUUCAAAACAUUCUUAUCGCUAUACCCAAAGCGAUCGAAGAAGAUCCGAGAAUCAUUGAAAAUAUCAAGGACAUCUUCACAGAGGGGUCUUCCAUCUUAUUCUCCGCCACCAAUCGAAAGUUUUAUUUUGGAACGAUCAAGAUUCUAGUCCCCCAUAACUGGACCAGACAAGCAGAAUAUGAAGUUGCACAGCUGGAGGCCUAUGAGAAUGCUAACGUUAUUGUUACAGAUCAACAGUCUAAUCAUCGUCCUCGCGUUGAGAACCCAUUCCGUUGUGGCAAAGAAGGACUAUUUAUCCAACUGUCCAAGACAUUCUUGAUCGACCCUGUACUACGUCAAAAUCAAUUUGGAGAUUCUGGUAAGGUGAUUGCUCGUCAGUUUGCCAAACUCCGCUGGGGUGUUUUCGAUGAAGAUUACGUACCAGGAACCGAUGCUGAACCUUACUACCCAUCAAACGCUGUAACGGCUACUAAUGGAUUUGAAGGAACAAGGUGCUCUUCAGAAGUUCGUGGAGAUCUUCUUGAUGAUGACACUGGAUCGCCAUGUCAGCCGGAUCCUACAGGGAAUUUACCCGACUCUUGUAGAUUCGUACCUAGCAAUGAUGGGCAAUCAGCUCGGGCAUCAUUGAUGUUUGCAUCUAAUAUAUACUCGAUUGUCACGUUCUGCGACAGAAAUGCAGAUGAGGGCAGGAAACAUAAUGAAAUGGCUCCUAAUCUACAGAAUCUGAAAUGCGAUUAUCAGAGCGUUUGGGAAGUGAUGAGGAAAUCGAAUGACUUCAGAUUUGGAAACAGCCCUCCCUUGCCAGAGGAUACAUACACUUCACCAAACUUUAGUGUGGUUCAACCAGAGGGAACUCUUAGGAUUGUUCUUGUUUUAGAUACCAGUGGGUCUAUGGAUGGGGAGCGUUUUGAGAAGAUGAUCAAAGGGGCCUCAAACUUCAUCCAGAGUGUAGUACCUGAUAAUAAUUACGUGGGCAUCGUCGAGUUCAGUGACUCAUCCACAGUUAAUUCUUACAUGACUCAAUUAACGAGUGUUUCAUCAAGGUCUGAAUUAGAAUCACGGUUACCUAGGUAUGCCGAUGGCAGUACGUGUAUUGGAUGCGGAAUUCGCAAGGGUAUUGAGGUUGCUCAAUACAAUGGAACGGAUUCCCGUGGCGCCUAUCUCAUACUCCUCAGCGACGGAUUGGAAAAUGAGGAACCAUAUAUAGCGGACACUCUGGGAGAUAUCGAAAGUUCAGGUGUUAUUUUACACACAAUCGCCCUUUAUCAAGCCGAUACUCAGAUGGAGGAACUGGCCCAGAUGACAGGCGGUACAUCGUAUACCUGUCCUGAUGGUGGCAGCGCACAGUGCGUCAUCUCUGCUUUUGUGUCAAUAAUAGCUCUCAGGCCUCAAAGUAUUCCUGAUUCUGCACCAAUACAGGUUGUAAGUUCAUCGAUCGCAGUAGACUCUGGUAAGAUCGAGACCACCACGAUCAUGAUCGAUGCUUCUCUAGGAUUGGAUACUAUCAUGACAUUCACAUGGGCGGCUAACCCCAUCAUCACCGUUGCAGUGAUAGGACCAGACGGAACCAGUUUAGACAGCAGCGAUCCAGAAUAUGAUAUCGAUACGAGCUCGAAAAUAAUAACCAUCACAAUCGGAGAUGCAGAGGCUGGUUUGUGGGACAUUGAAAUCAGUAACACAUACAACGUUAACAGUCUUCCAGAAGAAGUUAGUAUAAACGUGAUCUCCAAACCUCGUUCGGAAGAAGUUUAUCCGCCGGUUGUCAAUAGUUUCUUGGGAGCAAAGAUAGUAAACUACACGUCAUUCCCCUUGGUAGAGGUCUAUGCCUAUGUUCAUACCAACUUCCAACCGGUGAUCGAUGCGACGGUGAUUGCUACAGUAGAGAGCACAACAUCAGGGAAUAUGACAACCAUCCCACUCCGGGAUAAUGGACUAGGAGCUGAUUUGAUCACUGGUGACGGUAUUUACUCGGCUUAUUUCCUGGACUUCUCUUCAAAUGGACGAUAUGGCGUCAAGGUAGAUGUAAAUGGAAAAACAACAUCUUCAUCAAAUGUUGGUCUGAAAUCGAAACGAGAUACAGGAACACCAUCAUCGUUGCAAGGCUUCCAGCGUACAACUACGGCGGGUGUCUUCCAAGUCGAAAACUACUCCCCGGAUCUUAAUGUUGACAUCUUGGCACCAUCUAAGAUCACUGACUUCACGAGCGUUGAGAGAACUUACGAUGAGAAUAGAAAUGUAACAUUGGUAUGGACAGCUGUAGGGGAUGAUUUGGAUCAAGGGACGGCUGCCUCUUACGAGCUCCAUUUCUCAGAUAACUUUACCCAACUCCGAACCAACUUUACCUCUACUUCUGCCAUUACCGAUACAGAUCUCAUAGUCGGUAACCUCUCUCAAGUCGCUUCUUCUGGAAAUCUUGAAUCCAUCUCGUUUCUUCUGCCGGGUGAAGACUCAGAUGCUAUCUUUUAUUUUAUGAUAAGAGCCUGGGAUGAGGCUGGCAACGCGGGUCCUAUUUCCAACAUUGUGUCCGUUUCAUUACGUCGGCUCCCUCCAACCACCAUGGCGCCGACUUCCAAAUCACCAGCAAGAUUAGAGUUAUAUAUCAUAUUUAUCAUUGCAAUUUCCUGUAUCGUGUUCUUGGCUUUACUCGCUAUUUCCAUCGCCAUUAGUGUGAUCUAUAGUCGUCGCAACCCCAAGAGCCCAACUGGAACGAAUGAUAAUGCUCAUAUCAAUCAUGCUUAUAAAAAUUCCGAAACGUGUUGAAAGUGAGUCAUUCAUUCGCCCGACGUCCAAUUUAAAUAUAUAUCCAAGUUUUGAUGAUGCAGAUUUGUAUACAAGAAGAAUUCUGUACAUUAACAAUAACAUUUCAAACACUAAUCACCAUAGCAAUUAUGUACAUAAAUACCACACACGUUUACCACAUUUACAGUAACCAAAUAACAUUUUUGUGAUAGGUGGAUAUAUAUAUAUAUAUAUAUAUAUUAAACGGGGUUUAAACGGGCUUUUAACUAUAUAUAUAUAUAUUGAAACCAUAUUAAAAAAAGCAUAUUACUGUUACUCU